AUGGGGGCCGCCGAGACUCCCUACGAGAAGCUCCGACGCAGGAAGCUAGAGGAGAACAGGAGGAAGAUCGAGGAGCUCAAGCUCCCCCACAUCUCCCUCUCGCUGCGGGGAGAAGCGGUCGUCCCCAAACCGCCCCCGGUAUGUCCUCUGGACCUUCCGCUGGCCUGUGCUCCCGUUCUCAUGUAGGGGAAUCGUCUGAUGCUCCGCAGGCCAAGCCGAGGAAGAAGGCGGCUCCGCUGGGGGGCUUGCUGGUUGCCGUAAGGAGGUCGGAGCGGAAGAGGGAUCCUGUGAACUAUAAAGAAGUAGCGUCUCUUCCCUCCCCAUAUGUGACGUCGCGUUCCCCUUCUCCUUGUUCGUGUUUCGCCUCUUCUUCUUUUUCUUCUCCGCUUCCCUCCAUUUCCGGCACAGACGAAGAACACUGCCACUCAUCAUCAACUGGCUCGGAUUGGGGAAGAAGGUUAGUCGGUGGGGCGUGUUUCGAUUGAGGAGGCGUGAUGAUGAUCGCGGAUUCCUCCAUUUGGACUAACCAGCUUCGGGGAAUAGGAUCCUCAUUUUUUUAACCCUGGAAAUGGAAAACGUGAAUGCAUUCCAUCGAACCUAUCCCUUCAGAGUGUUAUUUCAUCAUCGGCCUAGAUAGACGGGUGGAUAGAUUGACAGACAGAGAGGUACGGGUGGAACAUUUGGAGGAAUCUUCAUUGUACCUUGAGGACAAGAUAAUGCUCAGCUAAACUCCGUCUCUGUUACAAGUGUGUGUGUGUGUGUGUGUGUACUAAAUCUACUCUGACGAGUUAUUCGGCUUAGAUUUAUUCUGCCGAUUUGCCCUGUUUCGAGGCAUCCUCAGAUUCAGUUCAGCGAGCACAUCCACUGCUGAAUCUUUCAUCACGAUCUUAUAUUGAUUUUUUUUUCACGGAUCGAAGGUGUUUUCUUCCCUGUCGACGAUGUCACUCUCGGGUUCUAAAGGGUCUCUGGGAGUAUGAACAUGUUCUUUUACCAUCCUCGUCGUCCCCAAGGGAACGAGUCUCCUGGUGGGGGUUGCUCUCAUGUUAUGACCCUAACGCAGCAGAAUCGGAGAGGAUGGCGUUGUUCUAAUGCUCCAUGUGCUCUGAGGUGUUCAUGUUUAUGUUCCUGUUGCAUGAGCUAACUCGAGUCAUUCCUUAUGUUGCCUCCGUGGUGGAGACCCCGAGUGUUUGCUCUCUUCUGGCAUUUCUCCUUUCAUAAGCGCCGUUAUUGACCCCCGAGUGCAAUUUUCUUUGGUGGGUUACAGGAUAAGCGCGGGCACGUGGCGAGGGUGAGAAGAAGGUUUGUGGGGCUGAUGACACGACGUGAUUUCCUUUCUUUGGGCUGUUUAGUCGAAGGCUUUCUUCUGAUGCUGCUAUCCUCUCUACGAUCACUAGCGCUAGCAAGAGAAAUCUCUCCGACCGCGUAUACGCGUCAGAUGAGGCCAGGGCCUAUGCAGAAGAGACGGCCAAAGCCCUUCAGUCACAGUUGGCAUCUGAAUGCCCCAACUUUAUCAAGCUUAUGCUGCAAUCGCAUGUCACGGGGGGAUUUUGGCUGGUAAUUUUCUGACGACCUUCUUCCUAAGGCUCUAUCUAUUUCUUCUUAGCGGAGAUCGCGGGGCUUUCACUCGCAUAUGCAGAGAUGGGAUUGAGGGGUUAGGAAGGUAACGUUAGUGUCCUCUUCUUCUUACUUACCUAUCCUAGCUAAUCUUGCCCUGCUGAUUUUGUACAAGCCACGGACCCUACUUGCGUCUACGUUGGGGAGGGAGACCGUAUUCACUUACAUUUCUUGAGAUGAAGAUCCUGCGCCGCGCUUGAGAUGAUGAUGCUCAAACGCCCAAUAAUAAGCAUGGGUUCAGCACAUCAAAAUGAGUGAAGGACGUGCACUGACGUGGGUUGUUUUUUUUUUCUGAUGUUAUGGGUUCCUCUUGACAGGGGAUUCCCAGAGCCUUCUGCUCGAAGCACUUACCCAAGAAGGAUACGCCAAUGACUCUCAUAGACGACAGAGGGGAGGAGUCAUUGACCCUCUACCUCGCUGAAAAGAACGGACUGAGCGCCGGGUGGAGGGGGUUCGCCAUCAGCCACGAGUUGGUCGAUGGGGACGCCGUAAUUUUUGAGUUGGUGUCACGCGCCACAUUCAAGGUAAUUGGUUUGAUCCAUGGCUCUCUAUCUAUUUAUAGAUAAGAUAAGGAGUACUACUACUAGUACUACUAACAAGUGCUCCUGUGGUUUUCUAGGUGCACAUAAUCAGACAGAGCGGCUACUAUGAAGCGGGAACCCGAGGUUCAGAUGCCAGGACCAAAAAGAAAAGGAGGUACUGUGUUGUGUUUCUGUCUGUCCAUUUCUCCCAGGUCAGGCAUGCUCAUUCGUUAUCCGUAAUUGCUCUCUAA